GCACCCCCCAACUCUGUUGCUUGACUCCCCACCUUGUUUCUGUGCGACAUCGCAGGGUAUCGUCCAGCGUCGGUGGCAGUAUUCUCAGAGCGGAAGCAGACCCAAAACAAAGGAACUGGUUCCUCGAGUUCUCAGGCUAUUAAUUUCUUAAACUCAUGGUCAUCGUUGAAGAAACGGAAGACCAUACCUUGGCAUCGCGCUCAACACCUUGCAACACGAUGUCGUCGUCUGGAAAAACCGAUGCAACGGUACAUGUCCACAAUGUUACUCAGACAGACAUCGAGCGAGCAACAGCCUAUUCGCCCACUACACUGUCUGCCGAAGCCCCUGACCCCUUCAGUUUACGAAAUGGAGUGAAGACUGAAGAUGAAUUGUCCCAGCUACGCCAACGUCGGAAGAACCUAGAAAAUUUCCACCGCAGACAGAACAAUCUCAUAUCAUACGUCCUGACACCUAUGGAUGAACAUACGGAGCAAGCCAAAGUAGAAACAGAGGCUUCCCGACUACCUGUCAAAAUUGCUGUAUGGACCAGUCUUAUUGCUAAUUUUGCUUUGUGUGUUCUACAACUCUACGCGGCCGUCUCAUCAUUGUCUCUCUCUUUGCUUGCUACCGGCAUCGAUUCCGUGUUCGAUAUUGGAAGCAAUAUUCUGUUAUUUUGGCUGCACAAAAAGGCCUCCCGUCUUGACUUGAAGAAAUGGCCUGUCGGCGGAUCACGUCUCGAAACUAUUGGAAAUAUUGUCUAUGGCUUUCUCAUGGGCUCCGUCAACCUCGUCGUCAUAGUCGAGUCUGCGAGGACCCUCAUCACGCGCGAGAGCGACGAGGAUGUGAAUGCACUACAUGUCCCCUCUCUGAUAGUCGUCGGAGCCGCUCUCGGUGUCAAACUUUUGUUGUUCUUGUACUCUUACACUCUGCGAAAACAUUCCAGUCAAGUCCAAGUGCUUUGGGAAGACCACCGAAACGACUUGUUUAUCAAUGGCUUCGGUCUUCUCAUGUCUGCAGGUGGUAGCAAAAUACGAUGGUACCUGGAUCCGAUGGGAGCAAUCAUUAUCGCCCUGGGAGUCAUCCUUUCUUGGACACGAACUGUUUACAAACAGUUCGAACUCCUCGCUGGAAAGUCUGCGCCGCACGAGUUCUUGCAACUCAUCAUAUACAACGCUACAACAUUCAGCAACGAGAUCGGCGGUGUUGACACCGUUCGAGCGUACCAUAGUGGACCCGAUUACUUCGUCGAAGUGGACAUCGUCAUGGAUGCCAGCACGCCGUUGUGGAAAGCUCACGACAUCAGUCAACAGCUACAGGACAAGAUCGAGGUUCUCCCCAACGUCGACAGAGCCUUCGUUCAUGUUGAUCACGAAACGACUCAUGUUCCCGAACAUCGAAAGUACAUCUAAUCAAUGCUAUAACGAGGAAUGAAGAACGAAAACAACCGCGAGACCUUUCAUGCAACAUUCAAGUUCUGCUGCCUUUCAAACUAUCUUAUACGAAGAGUUACUAUAAGCAUAGUAUACCCUAGUCACGCCAUCUACCAUCACAAUAUGUAAAACGUAUCGCGCAGUGCAGUUUACGACCUGACGAUAUAUCUUUCAAUCUUCCAAUUUCCAUUGACGUAUCCGUUCG